AUGAGCCAGCCGACGAAGUCAUCAGCCAAAGUGCAUACAAGGAACAAAUCAUCAACAUCGCGGACUUCCAGGCCGCGGGCAUCAACCAAAGGACCGUUGGACGCCGAUGAUGAUCCCUUAUCAAAUCCUGGCACCCCGGCAGCACAGACGUCACCACACUCUAGCAUUCGCAGGAGCACAGCAUCCCCACGCGGGCAGCAAACGGUCUCGUCACCAGUCUCACAAAUAGGCGAGCCUCACCGCAAAGACUUUUCCUUUCUGCUCCGUCCCGAAAUCUACCAUCCCCUAACCCCUCUCAAUGUACCCCUCGCCUUCCGCAGCUCAUCCCGGCAGCCCGAUCUCAGCGGCCGUCCCGAAGAGCUCCUCGCCCGUGGGCAUUUUCGCGCCGCCGCCAUCGCCGCCGUGCAGGAACUCACCGGCAGCGGCACCCGCCCCGGUGUCGACCCGCACGACGCGCCGCGCAUUUUUGACCUGCUGUACACGCGCCUCGCAUGCCUGACGCUCAUCGACGCCACCUCGCUCGCCGCGCAGGAGGUCAAGGCGCUCGAAGACCUCACGAGCAUCCGCACCUAUGUCGACGAGACCACCGGCGCACACCUAGUGCCGUGGCCGCUGCGCGUACUCAACGUGCGGCUGCAGGCGCUCGGCUUUGGCGACCCGCGCCGCGCCGUCAUGAGCUACCACGACUUGGCCCGCGAGGCCCGCGAGCACAUCGCCAAGGCUGCGGCGCGCUAUGAAAACUCGGAGAGCGAGCUGUGGAAGGAACGCCUGCAGGAGCUCGGCGUCAAGGUCGCCGGCGCGCUCAUCGACAUGGACGACCUGCCUGGUGCGGCGCACCAGCUGCGGAGUCUGCGGAGCUGCGGCGACGCGCGACUGGAAUUGUGCCGGGCGCUGCUGUGGCUGCAGCUGGGAGAUGCGGAGAGCGCGCGGGCGUGUGCGCGGCAGUGUGCCGACAACGCGGAGACUACGGAGGGCAUUAUCCUCGCGCUCUGCGACAUGGCCGAGGCGGACUACGAGGGGGCGCUGGCGCGGUGGCAGGCGCUACGGGCGGCGCUGGAUGACGAAAUGGUGUCCGUGAACACGGCCAUUUGCCUGCUGUAUCUGGGCCGUAUCGUGGAAGGGCGGGAUAUCCUCGAGGGGCUGGUGGACAAGGGCUACUCGUCGCGCACGCUGCUGUUCAACUUGUCGACCAUGUACGAGCUGUGCACGGAAAAGAACAAGGCGUUGAAGACGAGGCUGACGGAGCGCGUGGCGGCCAUGAAAGAAUCGGCCGUAGGAUGGGAAAGGGUCAAUGCCGAUUUCAAGCUAUGA